AUCAACGCACCAAUCAGUUACAUGGUUAUGUGGCUAGUUGUUACUCAGUGGAAGCAUUCAAGAAAACCUAUGCAUAUUGCCUGCAACCAGUUGAAGGACCCCAAGGUUGGCCAGAAUCAGACAAGCCUAAACCACUAGCCCCUGGAUAUGUUAAGAUGCCAGGAAGGCCUCGGAAAGAGAGAAAAAGAGAGGGUACUGAAAAACCAAAAGCUACCAAAGUUUCGAGGGUUGGAACUUUGAUUAGAUGCAAGAAAUGCAAGUGCACUGGUCACAAUAAAACUACAUGUCUAGGAAAUGCCGCUUCAAGUUCAAAUGGAGCAGCUACUGUUGGACAAAAUGCAGCUUCAGGAAAUGCCGCUAGAUCAUUUACCAAGUCCAGAAGCAAUGCAAAAGCCUCCAAGAUGUCUAGUUCCCAGGCAAAUGUGAAAACAUCCCAACAAAGCACCAGCCGAAAAAGAGCAUCUACAACUGAUGAGAACUUUGGUCCUAUGCAAAAGAGGGCACAUAAAUCCCUAGGACUGCCUAAGCACAAGAUGAAGGCUUCCUCCAAUAUUGCUGUAAAAAAUGUGACAGUGAACGUGCAGUCUAGUUCAUCAUUUACAGUCAAUGUUACAUCUGGUGCUGCAAGUGCUCAAGUUGGAGGAAAUAAAAGAGCAAAGAAAGUCCCAGCAAAACUACUGGACUAGUACUGUACUUGUACUGAUGUUCCCUUGUGGUUAUGUCAGAAUUCAUGUUUAUGGUUGCU